AAUGAAACUGACGGGAUUAUAAAACUGGAUUGAUCCUUUUGAAAACAAAACUACAUUAAGAUAGGGCAAUAAGGCCCCCAGCUAUAGCCUGUCGCAAGGACGGAAACAUUUAAAAAAAAUGAAAAUUGUUUUCAAUAAACAUUAUAGUUUAUACAAUUAGCAGUACAUAAUCAUCGUAAUGCAUUAAAUAACUAGGUAAUUACAUAAUUUAUAAAAAUAAAGAACUAAUCUAUUUUCUUUGUAAAGUUGAAAUAUUAAAUCCGUGAUUAAUUGCAUAAGUAUAGCAAUUAGCAAUAUGUCUGAAUCUUAUGAAUAUCUCUUCAAAUUUCUAGUAAUAGGCAGUGCAGGUGCAGGCAAAUCAAGUUUACUCAACAACUUCAUAGGAAACAAGUUUAAAGAAGACAGAUGCCACACUAUUGGUGUGGAGUUUGGCUCUAAAAUAGUAAAUAUUGGAGGAAAAUCUACGAAACUACAGAUUUGGGAUACAGCAGGGCAGGAAAGGUUCAGAUCAGUUACCCGGUCUUACUACAGAGGCGCAGCUGGUGCUCUUCUUGUCUAUGAUACAACCUCUAGAGAUUCAUUCAAUAGCCUGGCUAAUUGGUUGAGAGAUGCGAGAACUCUGGCGAGCCCCAAUAUUGUUAUUCUGCUAGUGGGCAAUAAGAGAGAUUUAGAAGAAUCAAGGGAAGUGACAUUUACUGAAGCAAGCCAAUUUGCACAAGACAAUGAAUUAAUGUUCCUGGAAACAAGCGCUAAAACUGGAGAAAAUGUUGAAGAGGCUUUCUUAAAAUGCUCCAAAACAAUAUUGGCCAAGAUAGAGACUGGUGAAUUGGACCCAGAGCGAAUAGGCUCCGGGAUACAAUAUGGUACCGCCACUUCAAAGAGGUUGACAGCUCCGAAGAAACCAUCUCGAACAGGAUAUGAUUGUACAUGUAAUGUUAAAUAAGUUUAUGUAUGUAGAUCGUUAAUUAAUCCGACUACUAGUUACUAUUUUCCUAUAUUAAACUAUACAAUAAAUGAUUUAACUCCACUCGAAAUUGCUGACAUUAAGACACUUUUACAAUUACUUCAAUCAAAUACUCGUUUAACGGCCGUUUUCAAUAACCAUCUAUCCUUAGUUUAACUUACUAACGGCCGUUCCCAAUAUUCAUUCUAUCUCUUACUUGAGAUAAAUAUCGUAACUAUCGUUGACUUUUCUGUCCCAAUCAAUAAACUUAUCGACGGUACCUCAUGUUAUCCGUGCACGCUGUCUGUCAAUAGACGACGUAUAGCUUACCAGCUACCAACAUAUAAAGUUUGUAUGGAAAUUGCAAUUCACGCGUCCCAAUAUAAGGCGAUAAGAAGGCGAGAAAAAUGACUAAUCGGGUAUAUUGGGACAGCUUCAGAUUAAUGACAGCUAAUUACUGACAGUAGAAGGUAGUAAUUUAUCUGUAUCUGUAGAUAGUAUAUUGGGAACGGCCGUAAAGGCAGACAAAUCUAUUUUUUUACGCUUACUAACAUUUCAAUAACCUAUCGACAUGCAGCAUUGGACUAUAACUAUAUUGGACAUAACUAUGGAUAGAUAAGAUCUUGUCAUUAAACGAGAUACGUUAUUGAAAACGGUCGUAAAAGAUUUGUGUUACUAGAAUAUAGUUUUGAUAGGUCAUAUUGCGAACAUAAUUUUAUUGUAGGUCUCAAAAAUCUCUUUUCAGUAAUGAUUAAAAUUGCUACCAAUACUCAAGUGCUACCAAUUACCUUAAAAAAUCUGUAAUUGUUAUAUACAUUAUAAUUCAUAGAUCAUUUAAAAGUUAUUCUUAUUAAAAGUGUAAAUACAAAUUUAACGUAUUUAGAUGAAAUUCGAAUUUGUGAAACAGGUUAUUAGGUGAUUGGUAAUUGUAAGUAAAAUGUGUAAAUAGCUUCUAAAAUAUCUUACCUAUCUAAAUGUGAUUUAAGAAUAAAUUAAGAUUAAGAACUUGAAUUCUAAAUUCAGCUAAUUGGAUUAAUAUUAGGUAAACUGUCGUUAGGCAAAAUUAUGAAAAAAUAAGUCACAUAAUAGAUGCUUUGAGAAUACAUGUUGUUUGUAGUAUUUAGACCAUAGAUUUAAAACAUACCAGUGUAUAGACGGGCUGACAGCCCGCUAUUUCGUGACCAAUUUUGAUUUGUCGCUGUUGUGUUACCUAGUGCCACUGACCUGUAUAAAUACCACUCGACAGGCUGUUCCAUAUGUUUGACAGCAAAUUUUUUGUGCCUAUUUGAAGCGCCACUCGCGAGCGUCCAGAGAACUAGUUUUGACGUAUAAUACAUGGCUGCGAAGGAACGUACAAUACUCUGAAGUAUUUUUGCAUUUUGAAUUAAUUUCGUUCGUUUCGGAGUUAUUUAUACUUCAAGAAUCAACGUAAUAAAGUAUACAAUAUUGUUUGUAAAUAGUUUCCCACCAUUUAUUGAUGUUUGCUGAGGUUGUCAUCACUAGUUUUAGUACCGCAGACUCUCGCUACAUGGCCAACAGCGCCAAAAUGGCGAAUAUCAAACAGGCACAAAGGCACUUUGACAGCCGCCAGUCCAGUGGUAUAUAGUAAGUGCCUAGUGGUUUAAUAUUUCUAAUGCCAAGUACGGCUGACUGUUUACGACUCGCCAACCAUAAUCAGUUACAGUAACAUAAUAGAUUCGCUUUCCUUUUCUAUCUUGUUGUAUUUCCGUUUGAGAUAUUCUUGUCUCUUGCACACUUUGUUUUUCUAUCCGUUAAUAUUUAUUUUAUUUUAUUUAUUUGUUUACAACACUUACGUCUAGCCUUACAGGAAUAUUCCUAAUGCGCGAGUGUAACAUUCACCUUAAAAAAUAAUGUAACAUUUAAAAUGAGCAUUAAUUAAAAAAUAAAAAUAUAGAGAUAAACUUAAUCUUACAAUCAUAUAAUAAUCUUAUCUUAAAAUUAAGAAGAAACCUAAUAUUAUAAUUACUAUUUAUUACUAUAAUAACAUAUAGCCCACAUUGCAAGCCUUGUGAGUUUACGUAGAGUAUUGCAAGUCUGAUUUAGACAGACAGUCGCUACUUCAAAUAUUUGAACCUCAGAUCAUUUAUACGAAAAUUUAUUGAAUCAGGCGUUAUUUGGCGGAAAUCCAUAAUAAUUAUUCAAAUGAAAUUUGAAAACAAAAUGUAUAUUUCUGUGUUUCUUCUAACUUCCAAAAAUUGUUCAAACCAUUUGCUAAGUUGCGUAUUUAUUGAAGUAGGCGUUACUUUGCGGAAAUCCAUAAUUAUACGAAUGAUUUAAGUUUUCUUUAGUGUUAAUUCCGCCAAUAUUUGUUUUUAAACAAUUCGACACGUGUUUCGCCUCUACAGGACGUGUUGUCUCGCCAAAAUCUGGCACGAGACUGAAUCAAAUGAGCGGUGAGCCGGAAGCCGCUCGACGCUCAUUCAUGGGACGCGGGUAUAAAAAACUUAAAUCGUUUGUAUAAGUUGCGUAUUUUAACGAAGUUGUACAAACACCCUUUAGAUAUGUAUAACUACGGCGAAGGAUCUCAGACGUAACUUUAAUGUUUUGGAAAAUAAUAAAAUUGCUAAAUUAAAUAAUUCAAUCCAAAGCUCAAGUUAUUAAUACCAAUAGAAGUCGUGUGAGAAACUUUCUCAAAUUUUUGUUACAUGUUGUGAUUGUAUUAUCGGUAAUUAGGUAACCGAAAGCUAUGUAGGUAUUACCGUACAUAUUUUGAUGUGAUAUGCUGGUCGUUAUUUCAAUAUAAUUAUUUCAGUAGUGACGAACAAUUCUGCCCAUAAAGAACAGCAAUUUUCUCUUUCAAAUGUUGUGAUCUUGAAUUUUUGUUUACUUACUAAUUGAAAUCAAAUAAUUCACUAAUACGUCAUGCCACAUCUUAAACACUCGGUUUGUAUGUCACUUUGUGUUAGUGUGCGUGCAUUGCGCAAAAUAGGAGGCUAACGUUAAUCUCGAUUUUUCGACGUUUUCACAGUUAUCACAGUCUAUCGACGUAUGAAUGAUCUAUGCCGAGAUAUGUUUUUUUCGUUUACCAAAUAUUUAUUAUAUGACGGUUAAUUAGUUUAGUUAUCUUUAUUAUUAACGAUUUUCAGUGGACAAAGUCAUUGUCAACUAUAUUGUAUCGAUAAGUUAACUGGGUUAAUUUUUGUUUUUUUAGACCCACAAAUUGUAAAUCUCAUCUAGAAUUAGUGUUACUUAAGUUUAGAUAAGUUUAUGUGAAUCUCUACACAGUCUCUCCUAUGUUAUUUGUUUACAUAAAACUAUUGAUUAAAAAUGAUAAGUAGAUGUUUUUUGUUUCUUUCUAUGGCACUGCACAGUAUCAUGUGCAGCCAAGAUCAUGUGAAAGAUGCGCGCGUGACGCAAUUUGACAGUUGAGUGACGUAAAACGGCGCUAGUGACACAUUUAGAAUCUUUUUUUUUUAUGUUUUAAUUACGUUAUCGUUUGUACAUUAUUUCAAUCUGUCAUUUUGCUGCACGGUACUCUUUUUUAAGUUAUGAUUAUUUUGUGUGUUUAUUAUGUGUCUGUCUUAGAUUAAGGAUUGGUCUCCGCUGUGCUCAAACUGAUACCUCACUACCUAAGAAAAAUAGUUUUUUGAUUACACCAACUAUUAGAUGCUUGUGUGCGUGGCAUCUUGACACUCAAUGGCAACUUUCAAAUUUUAUACUAUAUAAUAAAAUAAAAAUAAUUACUGAUGUAAUUUUUUCAAAGUUUUUCUACACAGCCCUGCAUUUUAAUUUUAGAAUUAUUAGCAAAGUUUAACAGACCACGUGGCACGUCAACGUCACACAUUGUUCGAGACUGGCUCGAGUUCGCCCAUUUGGGUGUAGUAAAAGUUGCAGCACUUUGCGACUACACAUCUAUUUCCGCAGCGGAAACCAAUCCUUAAUAUAAGGAUGUCUUAAUAUAUAUAUAUUACGUGACACGUUGUUUGUCCGCGAUGGACUCCGAUAAUAUGUAAUGAACGGAUUUUAAUGGGGAUUACUUCAUAAUAUAAUAUAAUAAUAAUAAUAUUGACACACUUUUCACACAAAUUAUCUUCCCCCAAGUUAAGCAUAUAUAGCCUGUGUUAUGGGUUACAAGACAAUGAUAUAUUAAAUACAAUAUACUUACUUAAACAUACAUAAAUACUUUUAAACAUCCGUGACUCGGAAACAAACAUCCAUAUUCAUCAUAUAAAUGCUUGCACCUACCGGGAUUCGAAAACGGGGCCUCUAUCUUCAUGGAGUGCAGUUUGGUCCAACUUGAGAGAUAGGAUAGUUUUUGUUUCGAUUUGGAACCCAUAAUUAUUUUUAUUUUCAAUAUUUGUUUUAUAUGGACAUAUUUUCUGUGAGAGAAUUUAUUAACGCACGGUUUGACAGUUCUACUGUGAAACAAUUUCAUUAUAACAACAAGGAGCAUAUGUUACGAAAUAAUUCUUGAUGUUAUGAAAAAUUGUUGACAAAUACAUAAAAACAGUAUUUUAUUUAUUAUGUACAGAACAACGUCUGUCGAGUCAGCUAGUUAUAAUAUAAUUGUAACAUAUAUAAAGCUUUAAGGACUCUGUUCAGACAACUUUUAAAAUUAGUUAUUGUACGUCAAAAACUACCACCCAUUCGAAAUAUGUCUCAGUCCUGAGAGAUGGGCGCAUGAAACUUAGCGACCUUUUUUAUUUAAAUUUCGUUACGAUAUAAUAUGUAAUAUACAGUAAAAUUAAUUUUCAUUUCUCAUACUCGGAAAGUAAUGUUGUUUUGAUCUGAUAAUUGGGUGGAAAAUGCUGGUUCCCUCCAUAGAGAGGGAAAAACUCGUACAAAUUACUUUCUACCUAAGGGCCGGAAUGAACUUUAAAAAUAGAACUGCUGUCAGCUGUGAAGAAUUUUAUGUAAAAAAAAAAAAACUAUUUAAAAUAAUGCUGCGGCCAUGUGACUUUCUAAACAGCCAGUGUGAACUUAGCGCACACUUCUUUCAGCGGAAUAAGUCGCAACAAUUCCGUUCCAUAUUUAAAAUUUACAAAGUCGACAUAAAUUGUCCUAAUUUGACAAUUAAUUUUAAAUAUCAAUAAAUAGUUUAGAUAAAAAACUAGUACUUACUAUUUUCUUCAUAUUCGAAAUGAAAAGUAGAGUAUUUAACACGGGUAAAAUAAUCAAUUCCUACUCGGACUAUAGCGGCGGUCUAAAUACCUCGGGAAUUGUUUCUUUCGACCCUCGGUUAACAAUCUACUAUUUUAAAUUUAUAAUUAUUUUUAAAAUUCCCACCCAGUCUGUGGUAUCACUAUCGCAUUAUGAAAGUAAUUUAUGUUACAGUAACCUUUACCACACAAACGUUUUUAGCAAUUCUCUUGAAUUUGUUAACACAUUUGUUUUGUACAUCUUCUGGGAUCAUGUUGUAAAAGCAUAUAUAUCACCCAAUAAAAAUUCGACAACCGAGUAGUAGGCAUAACUUGUUUCUCUGUUAUUAUGAUUGUCGCAGCUUCAAGCAAAUUCGUUAAUGUGCUUAUGAAUAUAUACAGAACAUUAUCAAGAAUAUAUUGAAUAAAACACUUUAAAUAUUUA